GAUGCCUCGAAGCUGGACACUUUGGCUGCCACCACCGUGGCCUAUCUCACUGCCUGCUACGCUUUGGGUGUGCGGGACGGCCACGAUGACAACAUCAUGCUGAGGGACGACGGUUCCCUCUUUCGCGUGGACUUCGGCUUUGUGUUCGGGGCCACGCCCGAGAUCGACACGCCCCAAACUGUCGUCGCCCGCGCCGUGACGGUUGCUUUGGGGGAGCGAUGGCUCGAGGUUGUGGCGGCCUGCGGUGAUUCCUUGACUGCCUUGACGGGGGACAGUUACGGCAGCCCCCCAGCACUGGACUGCUUGAGCAGUGUCCCA